CAAUUUCUUUCUUUUUAAAUCAUGGCGUCGAACGCGACUACGUUGCUGUCUUCUCUAAUUUUCGAUUUUCUAGAAAAAAAGGACAAAAAUUUAGCACAAGUUUUCAAAAAUAAGACAAAUGCUAAACCAUUAGCGAAAGGUUCUAUCUCGUUACAUGACAUUAUAAAUGAAUAUACAAAGUCCCCAGUGAAUGUUAAGAAAAUUAAACUGAGUGAUGGUGAUUCUGAAGAAAGCAGUAGUGAAGAUGAGGCUCCAAAACCUCAGUCAAAAGGACUAGCAAACGGAAUAGUUAAGGGAAAACCGACAGAAAAUGGUAAAGAAGAGAGUAGUUCUGAAGAAUCUUCAUCUGAAGAGGAAAUAUCAAAGACGGUUGCUGUUAAACCUAUCUCAAAAGCACAGGCUAAACCCCAAGUAAAAGCUCCACCAAAACCUCAGCAGAAAAAAGAAGAAAGUAGUAGUGAAGAUUCCUCAGAUGAGGAAGAAACUACUAUAAAAAGCCUUCCUAAAGUUGCAGCAAAAACUGCUGCUAAACCAGGAACAAAACCUGCAGUGAAGAAUAUUACUAAAAAUAAAAGCAGUAGUGAAGAUUCUUCGUCUGAUGAAGAGACCCAACCGGUAAAGAAUGCUGUAAAACCAAAUCAAGUGAAAGCUACACUUGCUAAACCAAUUCAGAAAAAGAAAGAUGAUAGUGAAGACUCUUCAGAUGAUUCUUCUGAAGACGAACCAGUUCAAAAAACAAAAGCGGUGCCUACUAAAUCUGCUUCAAAACCAACUACAAAAGUCCUGCAACAAAAAAAGGAUGAAAGUAGUAGUGAAGAAUCAUCUUCUGAAGAAGAACAAAGUAACAAAGCAAAAAGUGCAGUAAAAACACCCGCUACAAUUAAAACAACUCCAUUAGCCAAAUCCACCCCAGCAGCAAAGAAAACAAAAGAAAGUAGUUCUGAAGAGUCGUCUUCAGAAGAAGAUGCAAAAGUUCCUACUAAAGUAACAAAGCAACAGCCAGCAAAACCUGUGGCCAAACCUGCUCCAAAAAAAGAUGAAAGUAGUUCAGAAGAAUCAGAUUCUGAUGAAGAAGAAAAGCCACCCAAAAAGGCUGCAAUUGUAACUCCUGCCAAAAAGGUUGCAACACCACAACUGAAAAGGAAAGCAGAUGAAAGUAGCUCUGAAGAAGAUAGUUCAGAAGAAGAACAGCAACCACCUGUGAAAAAACAAGCUCCUGCUGUUAAACCAGCUGCAUCAAAGAAAGAAGAAAGUAGUUCUGAGGAAUCUGAUUCAGAUGAAAAGAAAAAUGAUUUGUCCACUACAAAAACGAAAACUGUGACAAAAACAAAGAAUGCUAAAGAAGAAUCUUCAGAAGACAGUGAUGAAGAAGAAAGCCCUGCAGAGAAGCCAAGCAAAAAGAGGCAACUUGAAAAUGGUGAUGCACCUCAAGCCAAAAAGCAAAAUUAUGGCAAUUUUGUUAAAGCUGGUGAAAGCAACAAUCGAAACAAUAGUUUUGGUGGAAAAGAUAAUAAGCGCGACAGUAAUAAUUUUGGGCAAAAGAACAGAAAUAGUUUCGAAAGAGGCGGUGGCCGAGGACGAGGCGGUUUUGACCGUUCCUUUGCCGGUGAUUGGACUUGUACAAACGACGAAUGUGGAGGAUCAAACUUUGCUAGUCGUAGAAAUUGUUAUAAAUGUAAUACUCCCAAAGCUGGAGGAGGAGGUGGGGGUGGUGGUCGUGGUGGCGAAUGGAGUUGUGCAUGCGGAGCAUCCAACUAUUCAUUUCGCGUGGAUUGCUUCCGUUGUAAUGCCGGAAAACCGGAAGGUGCCGGGGGUGAAGGCGACGAUGGCGGUAGACGAUUUAGUGGGGGCAGAGGACGUGGGGGAGGUGGUGGUUUCAGAGGCGGUAGAGGUGGCCGCGGACGAGGAGGGGGUCGAGGGGGCGGUUUCGGUCGCGGUGGAGGUCGAGAGGGUGGAUUUAACAAGAGAGAUAGUUUUAAUGCAAAUGAUUCGACGCCACAAAACAAGAAGAUUACAUUUGACAAUGAAUAAUUUGUCAAGACAAUUAGCAAAAUUCAAGAGGAUCGUGGGGGGAGAGAGCGAAUUUAGAUUUGAAAAAGACUCGCGGAAAGUCAUUUAGGCAUGAAAAAA